GGUGCUACCGAAGGAAUUUUUUAAUUUUACUUCGACCCAGACCAACACGGCUACCUACCUGUAACUAGUUUUCACUAACAGUUUCAUAUAUAGAGAGAAUGAAUAUACAGUGGGACCUCGACUUACAAACUACUCAACAACCGAAUUUUUCGACUUACGAGCAAAAAAAGUGGCCACACGCUAAUGAAUUUCUCGACAUCCGAACGAAAACCACGGUGGUUUAGAUGCGGGUUUUUUCGACUUACAAAUUUUUAGAUGGGGUUUUUUAAACUUACAAAUUUUUCCGAUCCCCCCCCCCGAAAACUGCUUCUCCAAUGGCGUUUUCGACGUACUCAUUUUUCGACCUACGGAUGUGCAUUCGGAAUGGAUUAAAUUCGUAAGUCGAGGUCCCACUGUAUCUGUGUUUGGAUUCUGCAUUAGUACAGUGGCACCUGUACUGGUACCACUUUGGAUUACAACUGUUUUGGUUUACAACCACAUCAAACCCAGAAGUGUGUGCCCCUCUUUUUUGGAUUGCAACCCAUUUGGGGGGGGGCAUUGGCGAAAGCACUCCUUGGGUUACAACCUGUGUUGGUUUACAACCGGACCUCCGGAACGGAUUAUGGUUGUAGACCAAUAUACCACUGUAUUUGUGAUUAGAAUUUCAACUGGAGUUUAUGGGCCUAGAGGCAUAUGCAGUAACUUUUGGGUUCAUUAGAAAAUGUGUAGGCAAGUCCAGAUGUUGUCCAGCUUUACUAUCUGUGUAAAUGUCUCCCACCCUAAAUAAAUCCAUUUUUCUCCAUUGUUCUCAUGAGAGAGCUGCUCCCUGCAUUGACGUGCAUCGUGGCAACAGCUGAGAGAGUCCUAGAAGUGGCCCAGUUUACGCCUCCUCCUCCGUCCUUUCCACUGGCAACGCAAUGGCCUCUGAGACACCCUCUGAACAGUCUCUUCUUAAAGAUGGAGUGGAAAGAGGAGCCAGGCACCUUCCUCAGGCCCUCUUGACCUUUGAGGAGGUGGCUGUGUUUUUCACAGAGGAGGAGUGGGCUCUGCUGGAUCCAGGCCAAAGAGCUCUGCACAAGGAAGUCAUGGAGGAGAAUUAUGAGAUGGUGGCCUCUCUAGGUGAUUGGCAGAGGAGUGAGAAUUAUGGUGAGCUAUCCGUGGUGUCAUUAGAAAAUGUGGAGAGUGAAACAGCGAAAGAGAUAUUUGUAAAUCAACCAUCGCCCCCGAAGCAUGUAGGAAACACGUUGAAAAAUGGGGAAAGGACACCUUCCACUACUCAGGACAUUGGUGUUCAUGUACCCCUGAAUUCACAGGAGGAAUGCACAGGAAGCAGCAAUGGGGAGUGCGGACAGAGGUUCAGUCAUACUGGAAGGCUUAGUUUACAUCAGAGAACCCAAACAGGGGGGAAAGCGUUUCAAUGCAUGGAGUGUGGAAAGAGCUUAAGUAGUGCUGGUAACCUUGUCAAGCAUAAAAAAAUCCACGCGGGGGAGAGACCCUUUAAAUGCAUUGAGUGUGGAAAGAGCUUCAGCCAGAGUGGAAACCUUAUGGCACAUCAAAGAAUCCACACUGGGGAGAAACCAUUUAAAUGCAUGGAGUGCGGAAAGUGUUUCAGUCUCAACCACCAUCUUACUUUACAUCAAAGAACCCACACUGGGGAGAAACCUUACAAAUGUAUGGAGUGUGGAAAGAGCUAUUGGCAGAGUGGACACCUUGCUGCACAUGAAAGAAUGCAUACGUGGGCAGAACAGUUUAAAUGCAUGGAGUGCGGCAAGAGUUUUCUCAGAAAAUUUGACCUUACUGUGCAUCAGAGAACCCACACAGGAGUGAAACCUUACAAAUGUAUGGAGUGUGGAAAUAGCUUUUGCCAGAGCGGACACCUUGCUGCACAUGAAAGAAUGCACACGUGGGCGCAACAGUUUAAAUGCAUGGAGUGCAGCAAGAGUUUUCUCAGAAAAUUUGACCUUACUGUGCAUCAGAGAACCCACACUGGGGAGAAACCUUACAAAUGUAUGGAGUGUGGAAAGAGCUUUUGCCAGAGAGGACACCUUGCUGCACAUCGAAGAAUCCACACAGGGGAGAAACCCUUUAAAUGUUUGGAGUGUGGGAAGAACUUUCACAGGAACUGUGACCUGACUGCACAUCAGAGAACCCACACAGGAGUGAAACCGUACAAAUGUAUGGAGUGUGGAAAGAGCUUUAGCCAGAGUGGAAACCUUACUGCACAUCGAAGAACCCACACAGAAAAACCUACCUUUUAAAUGUUUGGAGUGUGGAAAUAGCUUUAGUUGCAAUUACCACCUUACUUUACACAAAAGAACCCACAGCAAGGAGAAACCAUAUCAAUGUACAGCGUGUGGAGAAAGCUUUAGUGGGAGUGAUGGCCUGACUCUGCAUCUGGGAACCCACGCUGUGGAUAAACCCUCCAAGGGAUUGUGAAAAAAGCUGUAGUGGGAGCAGUAAACUUACUUCAUACAAGAGAAUUCUUUGCUGUGUGUGUGUGUGUGUGUGUGUGUUCCCGUGUUCCCCUUAAAUUGGGGGUUAAAUUGGAUGCUGUGGCCUGUGGUUGCAGCUUCAGGUUUGAAUCCAAAGGAAGUCAAAACUGAGUAGGAGAGGCAGACCAUUUUGACGCUCACGACCCAGCCAAGGCAUGUGGCCCCAAUCCACAGGUUUCGCCGCCUCCUUCAUCAAAUCCUUUCGGUCUGGUGACCUGACCUGAUUUGAAUGAUUUGCCUAAAAUCUUUUGUGUGUUGAUGCUCCAAAAAUAUGGGGCUCAUUUUAGAGCAAGUCUCUUAGCCUGAGAUCCUUUGCAAGAAGCUAAGUUCCCCUGUCAGAGUGAAAAAUAAAAAGGAAGGCAACCAAAAUCCAAGGCAAAGUGGACUAUUAAACCUUUGAUUGUUUAUUUGUCGUGACAAAUAUUCAGCCUCUGCAAAAGCAAAGAAAGGAGAACCUUGUGACAAAGGGUGUUCCACCUUUUAACGGUUUACAGUUCCCGCGAAAUAGCAAGAAAUCCCACCGCACAAACAUCAGUGAUACGUAGCUAAACGUCAAAGAUGCACCACGGAAUUAGGAGGGGUUGCAAUAUGUCAAUCAGAACAUUUGGGAAUUGCGGGUCUUGCACCUUUCCAGGCAGAAUUUACAUGAAGCGUUGUUAUUGCAAGCUACUUUGGGAUGGCAACAAGAGCAGCACAUGUUCUAUUCACCAGACAGAUCACAUGCAGAUAUUUGCCAUUACAUCUCAUCCAUUGCCUCCAUCCAGAUCCAUUCAGUGGGAGAAAUCUUGUCCCUGGCUUCUUCCCCCUACAUGACUCUGUGCUUUGGGGAUUAUGAUGGGAGAGUGACUUCCCAUAAUGCAAGAGAGUGCGUGUGAUUCUAGAAGUCUGUUACAAAGAAUAAAUCAUUUACGGAGCAUUUAACACAGUGUGUCAUUCAUCUAUACACAAUUUCCCUAGUAAAACAAGCUUAAUUAUUUGUUACCGCUUUAUAUUGCAAGUAUUGUCCCUAACAAAAUGAAUUUCAACAGGGGCAGAUCAUGUAAGGUUUUGUGCAAAUAUAGGAUGGGGGACACCUGGCUUCCUGGCAGUACAUGUGAAAAGGGCCUAGGGGUCUU